AACACAACUAGGUUUUUUUACUUUGAAAAACUACAAUUUGGGAUUUUGUUUUUAUUCAAUUUCUUAAGAGCAUUAGGUGCGGUUAGUUAAUUGGAACGGAAAACUAUUUUACGGCUACAAAAUGACCAAGACUAGAGUGUACGUUGUUGGAGUUGGCAUGACAAAGUUCGAGAAACCUGGUCGUCGUGCCGAUGUUUGUUAUCCGGACUUUGCCAAGGAGGCCGUCACCAAGGCCUUGCAAGAUGCCAAAUUGAAAUACACCGAUGUGCAACAGGCUGUUGUGGGCUACGUCUAUGGUGAUUCCACCUGUGGCCAAAGGGCGGUCUACGAAGUGGGCAUGACUGGUAUUCCCGUUUACAAUGUGAACAACAACUGCUCCACAGGAUCGAGCGCUUUGUACUUGGCCAAACAGAUUAUCGAAUCGGGUAAUUCAGAUUGUGUGCUGGCUUUGGGAUUUGAGAAGAUGGAACGUGGUUCCCUCUCAUCGAAGUACUUUGACCGUGCCAAUCCCAUGGAGCGUCACAUCACUGAGAUGGCUGAACUGACUGAAAUUGGACCUGGACCCAUGGCUGCUCAGAUCUUUGGCAAUGCCGGCAAGGAGCACAUGAAGAAAUAUGGCACCAAACCCGAGCACUUCGGCAAAAUUGCAUGGAAGAAUCACAAACACUCUGUGAAUAAUCCUUAUUCGCAGUUCCGUGACGAAUACACGCUGGAGCAGAUUAUGAAGUCACCUCAGGUGGUGGAGGGGGUUCUGACCAAACUGCAGUGUUGCCCCACCUCCGAUGGUUCCGGCGCUGCCAUUUUGGCCUCCGAGCAAUUCGUUCGUCGUCAUAGCUUGGAACGUCAGGCUGUGGAAAUUGUUGGCAUGGAGAUGGCCACCGAUCCAGAGUCCACGUUUGCUGACAAGAGUCUGAUGAAGAUUGCCGGUUAUGACAUGACUCGUCUGGCCACAGAGCGUCUGUUCGCCAAGAGCGGAUACAAGCCGCAGGAUGUGCAGGUUGUGGAGCUCCAUGACUGUUUCUCGGCCAACGAAUUGGUCACCUAUGAGGCUCUGGGUCUCUGUGCCGAGGGCAAGGCCGGCGAGUUCAUCGAUCGUGGAGAUAAUACUUAUGGCGGCAAGUUCGUGGUGAAUCCCAGUGGAGGUUUGAUCUCCAAGGGGCAUCCUCUGGGUGCCACUGGCUUGGCUCAGUGUGCAGAGUUGUGUUGGCAAUUGCGUGGCCAGGCCGAGAAACGUCAAGUGCCCAAUGUCCAAUUGGCUCUGCAGCACAAUCUUGGUCUGGGUGGAGCUGUUAUUGUGGGUCUCUAUCGACUGGGUUUCCCGGCUUCGAAUAAUGUGGUGCACAACUUAACCGCUGCCUCAAAGGCCGCCACCAGUGAGGAGGGAUUCAAAGUGGCGCCUCUACUCAAACUACUGGAGCAGGCCAUGCAGGAGGACAAGGACAAUCUGAUCGAGAAAGUGCGCGCCAUUUACGGUUUCAAAGUGAACAAUGGACCAAGUGGCCAAAGCGGUUUUUGGGUCAUCGAUGCCAAGCAGGGCAAGGGCAAGAUCACCUUCAAUGGCACACAAAAGUGCGAUGUGACCUUCAUCAUCAGCGAUGACGAUGUGUUCGAGCUACUCACGGGCAAACUGCCACCCCAGAAGGCCUUCUUCCAGGGUAAAAUCAAGAUCCAAGGCAACAUGGGCUUCGCCAUGAAGCUAAUGGACUUGCAGCGUUCCGCCCAGGGAAGGAUUGAGGAGCUGCGCUCCAAGUUGUAAGCAUGGGAAUCGUUGACUCGUGCAUGUGCAUUCCUUACAAUAUCUUUUGCAAUAUCUGACGGGCUUUGGAUCUGUUUUUUUAUAUACUCUUUAAUAUUCUACGAUUUUGUAUUAUUUCUAGUGAUAAAAAUGUACUUGUUUAAACACAAAAUUUAUCUUUUUAAUGCGAUAUUAAAUAAAUAUCAAUUUUUGUAUGUUUAUGUUCAAUUUU